AUGAACUGGCGGCUUGUUGAUCUCGUCUCCUUGCUGUUCCUAUGGGACAGGCUGGCUUUAACCCUCCACUGCUGGGCACUUCUAGUUCUCUCCUGUCAUCACCAACACCAACAUGCCACCAGCCCUCUCGACUGGCUACUCUCAGACAAGGGGCCUUUCCACCGGGCUCGGGACUAUUCCAAUUUCCUCGACAGAUACCGCCAGGGAUUUACUACCAGAUACAAAAUCUACAGAGAGUUUGGUCGAUGGAAAGUGAAUAAUCUGGCAGUGGAAAGAAGAGAUUUUCUGGGCUCAGAUUUACCUCUAGCUCCAGAGUUUAUCAAGAAUAUACGUUUGUUGGGACGGAGACCAAGUCCGCAACAGAUAAUCGACAACCUGAUCAAGAAAUAUGGCACGCAUUUUCUACAAUCCGGAACACUUGGAGGAGAGGAAUCACUCACCAUAUUUGUGGACAAACAGAAGUUGAAUAAGAAGACUGAUCUCAACAAUAAUUCUGCUGUCAGCUUGGAAACGCUUCAUCAACUGGCUGCAUCCUAUUUCAUUGACCGGGAGACCACACUACGUAAGCUUCACGAGAUCCAGAUCGCCUCUUCAGCAAUCAAGGUAACUGAAACCAGAACAGGACCUCUUGGAUGCAGUAAUUAUGAUAACCUAGACUCUGUCAGUUCAGUUCUGGUACAAAGUCCCGAGAACAAAAUUCACUUACAAGGCCUACAGAACGUUCUGCCUGUGCACCUACGGGAAAGGUUUGUUGAAGCUGCUCUCAGUUACAUCGCCUGUAACUCGGAGGGCAGCUUCAUCUGCAAGAACCAUGACUGCUGGUGCCAGUGUACACCCAAGUACCCAGAGUGUAACUGUCCUUACAUGGAUAUCCAAGCCUUGGAGAACAGCCUGCUGUGGGUAACAGACACCUGGACCAACUACAACAAAGAGUUUGAAGUGUCGGAUGAGUUCAAGAUUUUCCUGAAGAAGUUGCCGACUGAGUAUUUCCUGAACUCUUCGACUCUCCUGCAGCUGUGGACAGUGGACAUCAGUCUCCAGCAUCGCUAUGAGCAACUGGAGGCCAGCUUAAAGGGACUCUUCAAUAAGGCGCAGAAGACCGUCCGCAAACUCUUCAGCCUAAGUAAGCGCUGCCAGAAACAACCGAAAUUCGUCCUUCCCAGAGAAAGGCCGAUGACCUAUUGGCUCAACCGCGUCCAGUCGUUCCUGUACUGCACUGACAAUGGCCUGGCUGGUGUAUUUUCAGAGGACACCCGGAGCUGCACUUGCCCUUAUGACCAGCUGAGUUGCCAGAAGCCCAUCCCUUGCUUGGUAGGCGAGGGCACCUCGUGUGUCAUGUGCGCGACCGACAACCGGACCCGCUGCGGGGCUUGCAACGUGGGCUACAUGCUGGGCCAAGGGGUGUGCCGGCCAGAGGUGGCUGACCCCACCGAGCAGUACAUCGGCUUUGAGACCGAGCAGGACCUGCGGGACAUGGAGAUUCGGUACCUGCUGCAGAAACGGGACAGCAAGAUCAUCGUUCCCGCUAUCUUCAUCAGCAACGACGUGCGCCUCAACAGCUGGUUCGACCCCUCGUGGAGGAAGCGCAUGUUGCUCACCCUGAAGAGCAACAAGUACAAGACCAACUUUGUCCAUAUGAUCUUGGGCAUGACCAUACAGAUCUGUUUGACUAAAAACAGUACAUUGGAGCCUGUGCUGGCUAUCUACGUGAACCCUUUCGGAGGCAGUCACUCUGAGAGCUGGUUCAUGCCGGUAAACGAGGACAGCUACCCUGACUGGGAGAGGACUAAAGUGGAUGUGCCUCUGCAGUGUUACAACUGGACCCUGAUGCUGGGCAACAAGUGGAAGACGUUUUUCGAAACGGUCCACAUCUACCUGAGGAGCCGCAUUAAGUCGAGCGGCAACGAUAGCGUGUACUACGAGCCACUGGAGUUCAUCGACCCUUCUAGGAACCUGGGCUACAUGAAGAUCAGCCACGCCCAGGUCUUCGGCUACAGCAUGCACUUUGACCCAGACGCCAUUCGGGAUCUUAUUCUGCAGCUGGACUAUCCAUACACCCAGGGCUCGCAGGAUUCUGCCCUGCUGCAACUGCUGGAGAUCCGGGAUCGUGUCAACAGGCUCUCCCCCUAUGGCCACCAGCGCCUGGAUCUCUUCACCUGCUUGCUCCGCCAUCGCCUGAAGCUGUCCACCAGUGAGGUGGUCCGGAUCCAAGCCUCCCUUCAGGCCUUCAACGCCAAACUCAUCAACUCGAUCGAAAACGAGACCACCAAGUUAUGCAGUUAA